AUGUCUUCUCGUCCAUACGAACUCAUCGUCUUCGGUGCCACCGGCUUCACCGGAAAAUACACCUGCGAGCACAUCGUCUCGCAGCUACCCACCAAUCUCAAAUGGGCCGUUGCCGGCCGCUCGGAGAGCAAGCUUCAGAGCCUCCUUACACCAUGCANNGAAAUCGUGACUUCCGGACUUGACAAGCAGAGCGUUAACGACCUGGUCAAGAAGACCACUGUUUUGAUCAACACCGUUGGUCCUUAUAUGCUAUAUGCUGAGCCGGUCGUCGAAGCUUGCGCUCAAAAUGGUACCCACUACCUCGAUGUAACUGGCGAGACCCCAUGGGUUCGUGAAAUGAUCAAGAAGUAUCACGCUACAGCAAAGGCCAACGAGGCCAUUAUCAUCCACCAAAUCGGCGUCGAAUCGGCCCCAGCUGAUCUUCUGUCUUGGUCGAUGGUGAACCACGCCAGACGUACUCUCUCAGCUGGUAUCUCAGAAUUGGUCUUCUCGGUCGCCGACUUGAAGGGCCAGCCCAGUGGUGGAACUCUGGCCACUGUGAUUGGUCUGUUUGACAAGUACAGCAUCUCUGAAACUACCGAGGCCAUGAAACCCUGGUCUCUUUGCCCAACUACUCCACCUCGCAGUAGCCUGGAAGGUCCUACUGUACUCCAGAGACUCUUUGGUGUCCGUCAAGUCCGCGAUCUUGGAACCUUGUCCACCAGUAUUCAGGGUGCUACCGACACUACCAUCGUUCACAGAAGUUGGGGCCUGUUCGAGAAUGGUAACUUCUACGGCCCUAAGUUCCGCUUCAGCCCUUACAUGCACGUUCGCAAUAUGUUUACCGGUAUUCUGGUCCACUUUGCACUCGCUAUCGGCAUGAUUGCACUGGUUCUACCACCCGUGCGCUCUUUGUUAAAGCGCGUGGUUUUCCAACCUGGCGAAGGACCCUCAAGAGAGUCCUCUCGUCGCGACAGGAUCGAGUAUCGCGCCAUCGCAACGGUCGACUCCGCCGAUCCCAAUGACCCCAAGCGUAUCACUGGACGCAUGGCUUGGGACGGCAGCUUGUAUUGCCUGACCGGCGUGUUCUUGGCAGAAGCAGCAAUCACGAUCUUGAGAGAUGAGACUCCGGCUGUUGGUAUGGGAGGUGGCUCCUUGACCCCAGCAGCUCUGGGCGCACCCUUCUUGGAACGUCUGCAGAAGGCUGGAUUGAGAACUGAUGUGAAGGUCAUGCCCUAG